GCGGCGGGCAGCGCCCCAUAAAGGCGGCGGCGGCGCGGGCGGGCGGUGCGCGGAGCGGCCCCGCGGCGACAGCCGGCGCCCGCGGUCGGUGCCUCGGUCCCUGCACGGCGCCCGGCGCUGCCCCAUGCACUGCGGCAGAAUGAUACAGAUCUUGGAUCCGAGACCCCUGCCAAGCCCCAUCAUGCCUGUGGACGUGGCCAUGAGAAUUUGCUUAGCCCAUUCACCGCCGCUGAAGAGCUUCCUCAGCCCCCUUGAGGACUGUCAAAGGAACAACUUUGUUAACAGGUUCAAACCUCUCCGCCCAUGCCUCAAUGUGAAACGUGACUCUGAGGCACAAAAGAGCGACUGGAACCGCCCGUCAGCCCGAACCAAGAAGCGAGUUGUGUUCGCGGACUCGAAGGGGCUGUCCCUGACAGCCAUACACACCUUCUCCGAGUUUCAGGAACACCCCGUGUGGGACCUGCAGUUUGACUUGCUAGGCCUUGAGAACAUCACGUCUGGCUUAAAGCUGCAUGAGGAGAAAAACUUGAUUCUGGGUUUCCCUCGGCCCUCAGCCGACUACCUGGACUUCCGGAACCGCCUGCAGAAGAACUUUGUCUGCCUGGAGAACUGCACCCUCCAAGAGAAGAUACUGUCGGGGACCGUCAAAGUGAAAAACGUAAGCUUUGAGAAAAAGGUUCAGGUUCGAAUUACCUUUGAUACCUGGAAGACUUACACGGACGUUGAGUGCAUAUACAUGAACAAUGUUUAUGGCGAUUCUGACAACGACACCUUCUCGUUUACCAUUGACCUGCCUCCUGCCAUUUCUUCUCAAGAGAAGAUUGAGUUUUGCAUUUCUUACCAAAGUGGAGAACACAUCUUCUGGGACAAUAAUGAGGGUCAGAAUUACAAGAUUCUCCAUGCAGAGUGGAAACCUGAUGGUGUUCAAAUACCAUCUGCCAGGGAAGACUGUAUAGAUCUUCAGGCUCCAAGCAAAGUGCAAGAGAGCGAGCCUGAUCAAUUAGGCAGUCCGAGGAUGUCCAGUGGUCUCUUCCCCCAGUGGCAGAGCUUGGGAGGGAUUGAAAAUUCAUCACCACAUUGGUGAUAGAUACUAGCUAGGAAGUGUCCUUCUGUUUGGCAACAGAACAGUGUUAGUUUCCUGGUUCACAUACAAUAUAACAAAACCACCUGGCAGGCUUUGACUGUCUCUACAAAUCCAAGUUCACUAGUAUGUGGGACUCAUUAACCAUGUUACAUUAUUAAAGUUCUUAACCAAAACUUAUCCUUGGAAAGAAAGGAAAGCAAGAUAAAGCCCAUGUCUGCCACCUACCAUAGAAAUAGCAUGCCUGUAUCUUAAAUAUAUGCUGCUUUCUUUCUGCUAUUCAUUUUCCUCAGUCACUAGACAAGAAUGUGAGGAAGUACAAGAGAUGAUGGCAUCUUUGCAAGCUGUAGCAACUGCAUGUGUGUGCAAGAGGGUACAUGAACAGAAUGCCACAAUUUGUUUUGUGCCUGGUAGGAGCAUGGUAGAGAUGAGGUAAUGCUGUCAGGAUGGGGGCUCACUGCAGACCCUAUACAUGCUUGUAGCAGAGGCAGGUAGGAGUGCAUGGCUAGGUGUUGUGGCUUCGGUACAGGUUAAAAAACUCGGACGAUAAUGGAGAAGUGGGAGAAGGGGAAGAGGCAAGGUGUGUAGAGAUGCACAACUUUUUAUUUUUCUUUCCAAAGCUGGUCUUCUAGAAGUAUCAGAAAAUUCUGUGUUAAAAAUGAGAACACAGAAAACAAUGCAAAAUAAAUGAGUGGUGAAAAUGACCACUGCUUUGGGAGGACAUCUGUGUCUACAUCUGCCUUGUGAAUAAGUAUCUUGCAUUUGAGAACAAGUCUAACCUUGGCUUUUACCUUCAUCAUCCUACUCACUUAACAGGCAGAUAGUUACUUUUUAAUGUUGAAAGAAAAAUGUGCCUUAAAGUCCCUAAAUGCUAAAAGUAAUAGCUGGAGCCAUAGCUAGUCUACAAAGCAGACCAAGUGACUUGUAGAUGUCCUAGUCUGUAGUAGCAUUACAUGAUUUGACUACUCACCUGAUCUAAUCUUACAAUGUCUGAUGGUUGACUAUCCUGCUCUCUAUUGCAAAGUUGGUGAUAACUUUUCAAAACUGUAUAACAUAGGCAAGGUCCUUCAUAUUGAAGACAGUGAAUUAACUAUAUUUGGUAAAAGCUAGUUUCUUUAAAAAGAGCAGGGUUGCCACUAGCUUUUCUAGAAAGAAUAUAGGCUUGCACAUAAAUAGGAACUGCUCUAUUUUAUCAUACCUCAUUUUUUUAAGUUGAAAUUCUGGGUUUUUAUUUUUAGACUGAGGUAAACUAAUGUAUAUUUUGUAUAUGUAUGCUUAUAGUUUAGCUUUCUGAACUAUAAAACUGUAAAGAUAAUCUGUUUCUUAUAAGAUUCAUUUGGGAGACUGUCCAAUACAUAUUCAGUAGGUGUGAAUACUGGCAUACCUUCACUUAGCUAUACAGAGAUGGUGUUAACAUCAAAAUGCAAGCCACAUUUUUGCUCAUUGCUAAGAAGUAUAAUAUUCUGAGUCUGAAAGUACUUGCAAUGCAAUGAAAAGAUAAACAUGAAGGUGAAAUAAGCCUCUUCCACUAAUUGCACUUUUUCCUAUGUAACACUUGCUGUUCUGUGUAAAGUAGUCAUUUUAAGAAUAAAUUAUUUUGAUACA